AGAGAGCAAAUGAAAGGGAAGAAAUCUGCUUCCAGCUUCUGACCAAGAACUCCAUCGAUCAGUGUCUAAUAGGAGCACAACGGCUCUUUCCAACAGGAAAUAGGCAGCUGCCUCCUCUUGCAUCACUAGAUGCAAGAUAAGGGCUGGGGGUUUUUUGUCCUGUAAUCGAUGCUUUAUUUUGAGAUGUUUGGAAAUACCUCGCGAGGAAGUUCCUCGUUGUAGAGCAGCGUGACCGACGGGGCUCAAACAGCACCGGGGAGGGUGGUGGGGGCUCCACGUCGCCCCGUGGGAGGUGAUGCAAAACAAGCGGCUCCACCGUUAAGCAAUUUCCCGUCACCAGGGUCUGUCCACGGUGCCUGGCCAGCUGUGGCUGAAUGAAGUGUCACGCUCUUGUCACGCUCGCUGUGGUGAAACGAGGGAGAUUUGGCAUCCCCGAGCGGGGAGGUGACCCUCUGCUCUCUCCCCUCAGACGUUGGCAGGGUGAUGCCAGCUUGAUCCAGAGCCAUGUCCAGGUACCUGAAGCACUUCACGGUGGUGGGGGACGACCCCGUGCAGUGGAACAAUGACUAUCGGAAAUGGGAAGACGAGGAGGAGGAGGUGGCAGCUGGGGACAAUGGGGAGAAGCAGCCAGAUUCAGAGAUCAAGCUGGAGCCCACCAGGAGCCGCGUCUCCUUCCAGGACAUGAUGAAAAAGCUCUUCAGCUCCCGCAGGUUUCAGAUCUUGGUUGUCUGCUUGGUCAUCCUGGAUGCCUUGUUGGUGCUGGGGGAGUUGCUUAUGGACUUGAAAAUCAUCCAUCCAGACAAAUACAAUAUAACCCCGAAGGUUUUCCACUACCUCUCCCUUUCCAUUUUAACCAUCUUCCUGGUUGAGGUGGGGUUUAAAGUCUUCGUCUACCGCUGGGAGUUCUUCCACCAUAAGUUUGAAGUGCUGGAUGGGGUUGUCGUUAUCGUGUCGUUCAUCCUCGACGUUGUCCUGAUCUUCCGGGAACACGAGUUUGAAGCUGUCGGGCUGCUGAUACUCCUGCGGCUGUGGCGAGUGGCCAGGAUUAUCAACGGAAUAAUUCUGUCGGUAAAGACCCGCUCUGAACAACAAGUGUCCAAGCUAAAGCAAGCAAACCUGAAACUUGCAACAAAGGUUGAACAACUGGAACACAGCUGUGUAGAGAAGGAGCAAGAAAUUGAGAGGCUUAACAAGAUUUUAAAAGACCACGGACUCAUCAGCGAGCGAGGUUCCUGAGGAGGGGGGGAGAAGUCUGCCCUGGAGAGUGCAGUGUUGAAAUGUACCAGUUUGACCUGAAAGGUUUUCCUCUCUCUUUGCUUUCUCUUGUAUAGUGUUGUCUGUAAACGUUUUCUAUUUGACCACACUUUGAUUAGAUCUUGGGAUUGCAGGAAUAAUUUUGCUGGAAAAUUAAUCACGCGGCCUCCCCGUAAACAGUGAUUUCGUAAGACGUUUCUUGUACAGUUGUACAGUUCAAACGGCAAAAUAAUUUAAUAAAGACAACUUUACAAGCUA